ACCCACCCAGAUCUUCUUUGCAUUGGCAACCCGCAGAAAGCUAGUAAGAAGGACAAGCAAUGGCAGCAGAAUUGUCUCCCACGCUGAGCAAGAGCAUCUUUGAAGGAGCCGGUGGAUCUUACGCUACUUGGUCAGGUGCCGAUCUCCCCCUUCUUACUGAUGCAAAGCUCGGGGGAGGCAAGCUUGUCCUGAAGCCACUGGGCUUGGCGUUGCCGCACUAUUCCGACUCAUCGAAAGUCGGCUAUGUUCUUGAAGGAAGAGCGGUGGUGGGGCUAACACUCUAUGGAGAGAGCAAGCAGAGGAUACUGCUGCUUGAGAAGGGAGAUGUGGUAGCCCUGGUCAUGGGGAGCCUCACGUGGUGGUACAACGAGGAGGAGGACUCCGACUUCUCCAUCGCCUUCUUAGGCGAUACCGCGACAGCUGUGCGACCGGGCGACAUCGCCUACUUCUUCUUGGCAGGAUCCCUAGGAAUGCUCCAUGGCUUUUCGACGGAAUUCCUCAGCAGGGCCUGCGGUAUAAGGGAUGCGGAAGCUGAGGAGCUCUUCGGAAGCCAACCUGGUGCUCUAAUCAUCACACUGCAGCAAAAGCUGCCUGGCCUCAGAGCAUCCCGAGCCGACAGCGAAGGGAUAGUAGUAAACGCUGAGCGCGUAGCGGCAUAUAUCGAUGUGAAGAGUGGUGGCUGUGCUGCGUCGGUGACACGUGAUGAACUGGUGGCGCUGGGAGGAUUCAGGUUCUCCGUCGACCUCACAAGACUCGAGCCUAACGCCGUGCGCUUGCCGGGGUUCUUCGUUGAUGCAGCUGUGCAGCUGAUAUAUGUCGCCAAAGGCAGCGGACGAGUUCAGAUCGCUGGCACCGAUGGCAACCGUGCUUUGGAUGCAGAGGUGAAGGAAGGGUAUCUGUUUGGGCUCCCAAAGUUCUUCGCGAUGUCGGUCAUAGCGGGCGGCGAAGGGAUGGAGUGGUUCUCCAUCAUCACCAGUCCAAGGCCUGCAUUCGAGCAGCUAACGGGGAGGACGUCGGAGCUGAACAUGUUGCCUUCUCAGAUCCUUGAAUCUUCUCUAAAUGUCACUCCGGAUUUGGUGAAGCUUCUGAAGACGAAUGGGAGUGCACAUGAUGUCUUCGCACCUCCAUCUCAAACUAGAAACUAAAGUUACUUGCCUCCAUGUCUAUCCAUCUUCCUUGAUCCAAGGAUAAUAAUAAAAUAAUA